AUACGCGACAUGGCAACUUGUCUCUCCCAGCCGAGGUAAACAUGGCCAGCAGCAGAAGCCGCUUUGUGGAGGUGUGUUGUCCCCAGCACCCCGAGGCUCACCUCAUCGAAGACUACCGCGCUGGUGACCAGAUCUGCUCUGAGUGUGGCCUUGUGGUGGGCGACAGGGUGAUAGAUGUUGGCUCAGAGUGGAGGACCUUCAGCAAUGAGAAGGCCAACAACGACCCGUCCCGUGUGGGUGGGCCGGAGAACCCGCUGCUCAACGGCUCAGACCUCUCCACCAUCAUUGGGCCAGGGGCGGGCGGGGCCUCCUUCGAUGGCUUCGGCAACUCCAAAUACCAGAACCGCAGAUCUAUGAGCAGCUCAGACCGUGCUCUCAUCAAUGCCUUCAGGGAGAUUAGCAACAUGGCAGACAAGAUCAACCUGCCCAAGACCAUUGUGGACCGAGCCAACUUGUUGUUCAAGCAGGUGCAUGAUGGCAAGAACCUGAAGGGCCGCAGCAAUGACGCCAUUGCUUCCGCUUCCCUCUACAUUGCCUGCCGACAGGAGGGUGUUCCCAGGACAUUCAAGGAAAUUUGUGCUGUGAGCAAGAUCAGCAAGAAGGAGAUUGGCCGUUGCUUCAAGCUGAUCCUGAAAGCGCUGGAGACACAGGUGGACCUCAUCACCACUGGAGACUUCAUGUCCCGAUUCUGCUCCAACCUCGGCCUGCCCACCUUCGCUCAAAAGGCUGCUACCCACAUUGCCCGUAAGGCUGUUGAUCUGGACAUCGUUCCGGGCAGGUCACCUAUCUCUGUGGCCGCUGCUGCUAUCUACAUGGCCUCUCAGGCAUCUGAUGACAAGAGGACCCAGAAGGACAUUGGUGACAUUGCUGGUGUGGCAGAUGUCACCAUCAGGCAAUCCUACAAGCUUAUGUACCCUCAUGCCAAGGAGCUCUUCCCUGAUGACUUCAAGUUCUCCACCCCGAUUGAGCUGCUGCCACCCUUAUAGGAGUCCUUGGGCUGCUAUAGGCUGCUGACUCACCAUAGACCACACCUCUUAUGUAGAGGAAUGAAGUGCACCUUAGAAGUUGUUAAGGAAGCCUUGCUUUUUCAUGUUCAUAUGACCAAUAUUUUUAAAAUGGAAAUAUUGUGUGUGUGCAGUUUUAUUGGUUUUUAAAUGAUGUUUUUUGUUUAGAUUUUUGUAUUUUCACCGGAGCUGGUGACACUUUUCUUUGGUACUCUUUUAAAGAAGGUAACUUGACCACAAAAAAUCUUUUGGGCUGGACACUGCCCAGAGGCUGCCUCCCUGGGGCUGCUCAGCAGGCAUCCAGCAGCAGACACACAAGUGCUUUGAUGUUUGUGGCUCAGAGGUUACUAGAGACAGCAGUAUCUAUAUUUUUUUUAUACUCUGUUUAAGGUUUAAAUUCAUGUUCCUCCAUUUCAUUUGUUUCAUCCACUUGUGAUGGUUGUUUGUAUGUGAAACGUAGGUAAGAUAACAUUUAUUACUACUAGAAUUAUUUUGUAAACUAUUUAUAAAAACGGUUCAGCACACGCAUGAGGAUGUACAUUAAUUUAUAGAAUUGUCAUAGAUGCUUUGCUUUGCUAUGCAUAGGAAAACACUUUUAUCCAAGAUUUGAGUCUUAUUUAUCUGGUCGAGAUAUUUGUAUGUGUUGCUGGUGUUUUAUUUUAGAGUCAAGAAGGUGAUAUUCUGAAUGGUAAUUUGUAUUGCAGGAGUCAUGGAAUUGUACAACAUUAGUUUCAUUCAGUCAUUUCUUUGUAGUUACAUCAGAUUUAUUUAACACCUCAUUUAGCAGGGAGAGAAGGUCUGCAGUCUUUGAUUCAGGUUCAGAUUUCAUCCAUUUACGUCAGAAACCAAUUCAUUGAAUGAUCACGUGUUUAUCCUGUGUGCCAUUGAUACCUGCUUCCAUCUGCCUGCUUCCUCCAAGGCAGUGACCAUAACAACCUACAUAUAUUCCUUCCCAGACACUAUUUGCAUCUGAUUAAGUCUUCCUAUUCAUUACUUCCAUGCUCUUAUAGUUGGCCAGUUAUCUUGCCCCUAAUCCAUUUGGAGUCAUCAUUGUUGCAUCCUUUUGUAGUUGAUAUAUUGCUGCAGACUUUCACCACCUCAUUUCUACAUUCUGCCCAUGGGUUUAUCCUGUAGUAUUACCUAAUCCUUAGUUUAUAUGGACUUAUUUUUGUUAGUUAUAUUACUCCCCAAAAAUAAACUUAAUGGAUUAGAGGAAAUGUAGUCUUUUGCACAGUCAGUUUACUCCAGCAAUUCAAGACUUGCUUCAAUUAAUCCUGGGACGUCAACAAGUGUUUGCGUGUGUGUAUGUGUGUGUGUGUGUGUGUGUGUUUGUGUUUGUGAAUGAGUAAGUGAGUGUAUCUUUGUACCUGGGUGUGGCCUCAGUAACACUCACUGACCUUUGAGUGUUUGUGACCUUACUGGGGUUACAAUGUGGUGAUCAAUUAUUGAUAACAACCUCCUUUUUUAGAUAAUGCUUGUUUGUAUUCCCAACUUGUUGACGGAAGUAUACCUGUAUUCAUGAACAGUAAACAGUGAACUGGA